GGAAUGCGUAGAAUAAUACCGACCACGCGAGAAUCGUUCUUUUUGUAAGAUGGCGUCCAUGGAGAAGGAGUUUUUCUGGGGCUGUGAGCUGAGCAAGGACAGAAAGGAACACAGUUGGGACUGUGAAGACGAAGAACUCAGUAAGGCAGAUAUUGAGCAGAAACUGGUAGUAUCUCAGGCUUGUCUAGGGUUAAAAGCCAAAGCAAAUGAAAAAAAUCUGGUGCAGGUUACGACAACAGAUAGUAGUGAUAGCAUGGUUACAUUCACAAUUCUCUCCUUAACGUCUGGAAAAACUGAUCAGUGUCGACUUAGUUUGGCAUUCCCAUCCUCAGCCACCUUUAAACUCAUCGAGGGUUCUGGACCUGUCCAUUUGACUGGCUCUGUUUACCAAGAACUAUAUUUAUUAGAUGAUGAUGAUGAAGAGAGUGAUGAAGAUGAUGAUGAUGAAGAGAGUGAUGAAGAUGGUGAUGAAUUAGUGAAAUCAGAGGCUAAAGUUGGUUCAAAGAAAAGACCUCUUGCAUCCGAGACUCCCAAGGGACCACCAAAGAAGCUUGCUCGUGUUGAAGUUGGUGAAGAGGAGAGUGAAGAAGAU